AUCCGUUACGUUUACCGCAGUUGAAACCUGUCUGCUCAUUAAGACGCUUGUUCUAAUGGCUGACAAGCGCAAUCGCAGUGCCGCGCUUAAAGAAAACCAAAAACUGAGAGACAAGAACGCGAAAGAACAGCAUUUAGGAAAUAAUGAUUCUUUACACCCAUGGCACCACACCUUGAUCUUUAGGCAGAGAAUCCAGAGCAUACCUGUCACCAUCUCCCGCCAGGCCGCCACCCUCCGGUUUUAUUUCAGUUAUUUCUCCUUUGAAACUCGCGGACCGACGUGGCUGGCGCCCGCCUUUGGUAGGCGAAGUUGAACGGUAGCCGAAGUAGAGUAGAGAGGAUUCACAUCCCCGCGAAAAACUUUCUCUUAUUACACCGCUAUAUGAUUCCACUCCGCGUUUUCCAUUUGACGCUCGCGCCUCACAGUCUGUGUCCGCUCACUGAAGACGACAGAUUGUUUCAUCGACAGGUAGAUGCAGUAGAGUCUACUAGCUGUUGUUGUUGUUACACUUUCUUUGCUUUUACAAAAAACGUGUUAUGAAAAGUGUUGUGUUCUGCAGACAUCUCUGAAUAAAAACAGGUAAUAUAGAGUUUAUUUCUAAUAUUUCCCGUUCUGUGGCCAUAAGCGGUUCUUGUAAAUAAUACGCAAACACUGUUAAAUCCAUCCAUGUAAAUAAAAAAUGAAAACAUUCUGCUAACUAAUAAACAAAGUUAAAACAACCGAACUACGGGACGCGUGAAGGGACAAACUGCGUUUAGAUAGUUAUUUCAUUUCUGACGUUGAGAUCUCUGGCAAAAUGUAAAUGCUAAAUUAAGAUGAUACCUUGCAGAUAUACCAUUCAUGGAUUCAUGGCCUGUGAGCUGCAUUAAACUGUCUCUUAGAUUUACAUUUAAGAAUUUGACAUUAAAAUGAUGUUAUGUUAGUCAUAAAGUAAUUAAAACGAUUUAUAACAGAGGGGUGCCCUAUUUGCCCUGCACAACCUCAGUUAACUAGACUUUACAAAACUAUGGACCCAUCUCAUUAUUAUGAAACUAUUUAAGCCAUAAUAAGACGUUUCAUCUCAUUAUAUGAAUACAAUUUUAAUGUGCAUUUCAAACUCAUAGAUCUGUCAUAUGCUUUACUGAUGGAAUUGCAAUAGAAUACUAAUAUAUUUUUAACACUUUACACCGUUGCAUUUGUUAACAUUAGUUAAGCAUUAGAUUACAUGUCUGCAUUUGUUAAUCUUUAUUUUCAGUAUUUACUAAUAUUUUUAAAAACAUGCACCUGAACUAACAUGAACAAUUGUAUUUGGCAUUAACUAACAAUAAACAAGAUUAAUAAAUGCUGACAACUGUAUUGCUCAUUGUUGGUUUCAUGUUAAUGCAGGUGUUCUCAAAUUUUAGAUCAAGACGUAUAAUCUCUCAAAAUCCUCCAGAAAUACAGGGAGAACACACACAUUUGUUCCUUUUUAGUAGUUUUUUUAUUAUGGAUCAAUAAAUUUAAUUUUAAUUUUAAAAUACAUAAUGGUAGGGCUGUAUGAUUAUGUCAAAAACUAUAUUAGUCCCCUUGAUAUUGUAAUGUUGAUUAUUAAUGUUGAUUGGAUUUUACAUUUAAGUAUGUUUGAAACUUCCUACAUGCUAUAAACGCACCACUUGUGGCUCCCACUGUCAAAACAAGCAUUAUAAACGUGUAAACCAAUGAACAAGUGUCAUUGUUAGUCAUUGGAGAAAAAAAACAUUUACUAAUGCUAACAAACACAUGAUUUUAAAUGGUACGGGGGCCCCGAAAACAACUCAAGUCCAGGGGCCCCCAUCCUCCUAAGUCCGGCCCUGAUAACAAGAGAGAAUGAUAUAGAUGAAUUUCCGUGUAGAGAGUUUUACCUACAUAAACCAGUCAGGUAAAUGACAACAUAUGUUUAAAAAUGUCUUUUAUUUAUUAAAAUAAGUUGAGCAAUUCAAUAGUCAAUAUUUCAAAUAAUGAGUUCAAAUAACUUGCACUCAGUUUCAUUAUAGGUACUGAAUUUAAGCCAGCAGUGUCAAAUAGACGUGAUGGUAUCGGGAUAUUCAUUUGAAGUGGAUAAGACACAACACAUAUGGUAGAGAACACCCGGAUCAGUUUCCACCCGCUUCAUUAUUUAUCAACAGGGUGGACAAACCCUCUGUCGUCUCGUUCAGUCUGAAACUCAACUCAAUAAACUCAAACACUGGCGGUAUGAUCAAGCUGAGUUGAAUCACAGUCAUGUUCGCAGCAGCGACGAAGAAUUUCGUGAAGCAGGUGGGGGACACAGGUCGACUGGUUCCGGUCCCGAGCCUCAGCGAGGCGGAUCGAUAUCAACCCCUCAGUCUGGUGACCAAGAAGAGAAAACGACAUUUCUGGAAGAAGACUAAAUACGCCUCGAGCCCUUUCUCACUGAAAGACAUACUCGUGGGAGAGAAAGAGAUCACGGCAGGGGUCUCGUCGUAUCAGCUCCUCAACUAUGAAGAUAAGUCUGAUGUGUCCCUCACCGGGCGUCUGAGCAACCAUCUGAAACACGAUGUGGGCGUCAACAUAAGCGGUUCAGAUUCGGUGGCGGUGAAAGCUUCUUUUGGGAUCGUGACCAAACAUGAGGUGGAGGUUCCCACAUUACUGAGAGAACUCAACUCAAGGAAAGUUGAUCUGGAUCACUGUUUGGUCCGUCAGUCCAGAGAAAGCGGUCGGAUCGUGUUGUGUGUGGUCAUGGAGAGCAUCCGCACCACGCGUCAAUGUUCUCUCACGGUUCACGCUGGAAUGCGCGGAACCACCAUGAGGUUUCAGAUAGAUGACGGUCGAAACCCUAAAGGUCGAGACAAAGCCAUCGUUAUUCCGGCUCACACCACUAUAGCGUACAGCGUGUUUGAGCUUUACGUGCGUCUGGACGGUCGCCUCGAUAUAUGUGUUGCACCAGAGUCAGUGGGAGGGUUUGAGAAAGAACAGAUCCGUGAACAGCUCGGAGGGAUCAUCGGACGCUUUUCUGUGGGGAGACUCAGGAGAUUCCUGUCGGGAAUCGUCUACGGGAAUCCGUUCAGAGCAGACGACAGAACGUUUGAGGAGCUCACGCACUCUGACAUGUACAUGGAUGACGUGGUGACGGAUUAUUACGAGAAGGCCGCCAGCAUGACCGACCUGUCCACGGCUUACCUGAGGGACGACAAGCACACGCGUGUGAAUCUGCUGAAUCACAACAUAGCUAAAGGUCCGUGUGCUCUGUGCGGGAUGGGUCAUCAGAGACGUGAGACUGUCUACGGAUGUCUGGAAUGCUCCUCGGGCGGAAACAAAUACGUCCGUCUGCACGCCGUGCCGUGUUUUGACCUCUGGCACAAAACUCUGAGGUGAUGAACGGCUUUAGAAGGAACAUCUCGGUAUUUUUAUGCAGACACAUUUUUUAUACGACUGCAAGAUGUAAAAAGAACACUUUCACUUUUUGUUCCUGUUAAGCAAACACGAUGUCUGUUCAUUUAUUUGUUCAUGGCUCUGACAAAAAAAAUGUACGACCAACGAACGAAAAAACUUGUCCUCGGAUUUUUUCUUUUGAAGGAAAUGAUUGCUUUGAAAUUUCUCACGAUAAAGCUUCAGUUGUUUCAUCAAGUACAGGUCUGUCUUUUAGAAAUGAAUGUUAGACACAAACUUUGUCGUUGGUGCUAAACUGUGCAUUGUUUACAUCAUUACAUAUUUAUCCUCAAGUCAGUUUUUGGAAGGACUCGUGAACACAGGACAGAUAGCAGCUAUGCUUUGACAAUAUGUGAAGCAGCUGGUAAAUUCUCCAUCACACUGAAUAAUUAAAGGAUUAUGAAUAAAUGAUGGUGUGGGUCGCAUGAUGACAGAGGAAGUGCAUCAUUAACAGUGUGAAACACACACCGUGUUCCUGUAGUGUUGAGUUAGCAUGCUAACAGUCGGAAGCGUGCAGGGUUACAUCAUCAUGUGUGUGUACUCGACACCAGCGGCUCACAACACAGUAAUGGAUGGAAACAAAUUCACUGUACUUGAAUGUAUAGCAUACGGGUCAAGAACACACAAUAAAUCAUUCAUCACAAACUCAUAGGGCUGUACUCAAAAUAUCGAUAUGGCGAUACAUGGUCAUGAGCCCCUGACGAUGCGCGCAUCGAUACAUCUGCCUCCGUAUCGAUUCUGCAGCACUUUUGAAAUUAGCCAACUAUUACGCAAAAAUAUUGUGUAACAAUUAUUAGUGGUAUAAGGAUCUGAUCAGAAUUUAUCUGUGAUCCGUACAGACCGCCCUUCGUGAUUCAUGUGACCCGCCUUCUCUCUGCAUCCGUGAGCGCAGUAAACAUGAAUACAAUCCAACAAUGAUACAAUCUCAUAUUAAUCUUGAGUACCUACACAGUAGUAUUGCAUAAUUCGUAUUGUCGUAUCUUUGUAACAAUGAAAAUUGUAAAAAGCGCUAUAUAAAUAAAGUUGACUUGACUUUGAAGAGUGUUUAGUUUGAACAAAUUUAUAAAAGAGAGAUACAGCUGUACAAUUAUUGCUGGAGGCAGGCAGUGGGUUAGAACUACAGCACGAGCACACAACACAUCAUCGCAUUAUCCCUUCCUGUUGUUUACAUUAUGCACAUACGCGCCGAUUGCCAACAAAACACAGACGUAUGACUUAGUUUCACUCACCGUGUGCGGUUCAUGUCUGGCAUCUCUCAGCACUGGGACCGCAACAUCUGUCAGUUUCAAACCAUCUCCAAAUCCAGCGUUAUAUCCACCGUUUAUAUAACAUCCAUCACUGAAAUGCAGUGAAUAAACAAACACACCUCAACUUCUCUCCCUAUCGCAAGAGUAAUGAGCUGCAGGCACACAGCGCAGCCGAUCUUGACGCAGCGCAGCCAAUCUUGAUAAGCGGGUAUUCCUAUCGCUCGUCAGUUGACGCGUGGGCGGACUAUUUCUUUUGCCUUGCCGUGAGCGUGCUUUUCCGGAAAAAUUGCUCAAUAAAAUUAAUGGGAUCCCUGUGACAAAAUUUUUGUGAUGUUUACUAAGCCACUAAAUUAUUUUUUUCGAGUGUAUAUACACAUAAAGAGGUAUAUAGUCAUUGCCAAAAUGUAUGUCUCGCUUUGGAUAAUGAUUAUUACUCAGAUAUAUUAUUAAAGAUGUAUGAAAGACUUUGUACAUAUGUUGAGUAGAUUGUCAUUUAAACUGCAGCUCUUUGAGAAGAAUUUAAGGUUAGAAAUAUAACACAUGAGCAAAGUUUAUCGAGUCAAUAUUCAGGAGAAUGAAUAACUGCUGUUUAAGCACUUUUCUUUUUGUAUAUUAUUUAGUGUUUGACCAUGUUGUAUUGGUCAAUAAAACUAUUCUGAUGGUUUAUUGAUCUUGAUGUGAAAUUGAAAACAAAUAUUGUACAUUCAUGCCCCUGACAUCACUUCUGGCCACAACUGUACAUAUACACAUUACACACAUACUGUAUGUACUGCAUUAAAGAUACAACAGCGCCAUCUAUUGUAAGUGUUACCUUACUAAACUGCAGCGUAUUGAUGUCAUGGG